AUGAAACACGUUAUAUCAGCAGGUUUUGUUCAUGUUUCUGAAAGUUUAACUCUUGAUGAACUUCGUCAAUAUAUUAUUGAUAUUUGUGGUGAAGAAAGUUAUUUUCCAAAAAAAUUUAUUUAUCUUCGAAGUGUUGGUCAGUUCUUAACUAAGGUUAAAUAUGAUGAAGAAAAAGAAUUCAAAUUGAUAAAUUUUCGACCACCAACGAUUUAUAUAGUUGAAGAACAUUGUGAUGAUGAUUCAUCCAUAUCAAAACAGAGAAUAGAUUGUUUAUUACGAGAAUCAUCAAUAAGUGAGUCGUUAAUUAGUUCACAAAUUUGGAUAAAUCCAAUAGAUGGACCAUCAUUAUUUUAUCCAUUAUUUAAUCAUUAUCAAUUACCACAAAUUCCUACAGUUACCUGUACACUUUCAAAACAUUCGACGCAUUUUAAUAAACCCAAGACACCAAAUUUAUUAAAAUUACAUCAAGAACAAGAACGUCUUUAUUUAUAUCAAAAAGAAUUAGCUCGAAAACGUCGUGAAAUAGAAAAUCAACAUAAAAAAGAAAAAACAGUUAUUAUAAUUCGAACUGCUUCUCGAACUUAUCGUUAUCGACAUUAUACAAAACGACAACAAUAG